UGCUCUAAUAACUGCAUCACAAUAUUGUAUUAGUUUCUAUAGCAACAUAUACUCCGAUACAAACAUUUGAAAAGGUUAUCAGUUUCAAGACCGAAAAAUGCAGUUGAAAUACUUGCAAACCAUUUUGGAGGCUCAGGAGCAAGAUUUCAAGAUUGUCGCUCUGUGUUGGGCUCCCAAUAAUCAAAAGCUAGCUGUUGCUACGUGCGACAGGCAAGUGAUACUUUUCGAUGAACAAGGCACCAAAAAAGACAAAUUUUCAACGAAACCGUAUGAUCCCGAUGCUGGAAAAAAGUCCUAUAUAAUUACUGGGAUUGCCUUCAGUCCUGAUUCUACCAAAAUUGCCAUUGCGCAAAGUGAUUGUAUUGUUUAUGUGUACAAAAUUGGAGAGAAAUGGGGCGACAAAAAGGCAAUAUGCAACAAAUUUCCACAACCCUCACCUGUAACUUGUGUUUUGUGGCUUUUAUGCGGCCCAAUAAUUUGCGGAUUACAGGAUGGAAAAGUUCGAGCGCUUCAAAUAAAGUCAAAUAAAUCUCAAAGCUUGUUUGCUUCAGACAGUUUAGUGGUGUCCCUGGCCUCAAAUGCAAAAGGAACAGGUUUUCUUUCUGGGCACAUUGACGGAAAUAUAAUUCGUUUCUUCGUCGCAAAUGAUCCAGACAGUGAGGGUGAGGCCCAAGGGCGUGCGGCGUUACAUUCUGUGCCCCCUUUUGCUCUAGCGUGGCCGCAAGGCCACAUAUUUGCCGCAGGAUGUGAUAAAAGGGUUUGUAUCAUCAAUAACAUUGGAAAAACUGUGAAAACGUUCGACUAUAGCAGAGACAAUGACGAGCACGACUUUGUUUCAGCCAUCAGCAGCCCCAGUGGACAGGCUGUUACGUUGGGUAGUUUUGAUCGAUUGCGAACAUACAUAUGGAAUACUAGAAAGUCUAUUUGGGAUGAAACUCCUGCCAAAAUAAUCAAAAACUUUUACACUGUAACCGCCUUAGCGUGGAAACGAGAUGGAUCGAAGGUAACGUGUGGUGGUUUUUGUGGAGCUGUGAUGAUGUUUGAAUCAGUUUUAAAACGUACGGUUUGGAAGGACAAAUUUGAGAUAACGUACGUUGGACCGAGUCAAGUUCUUGUCAAGCCUCUGAAUACAAAUGAAAGGGGCGUUAUUUUAAGAUCCCAACAUGGUGGGGAAAUAGAUGAUGUAAAAAUUAUGGGACGAGAUUCCUAUUUGGUUGCUAAAACAGGCGAAACCCUCUUAGUUGCAGAUUUGCACCGGAACUUGUUGAGUGAGGUACCAUGGAACAAUCCAGAACAGAAGGAAAAAUUUUACUUUGAAAACACAAACGUGUGCUUGGUUUUUAAUGCUGGCGAACUAACUUUGAUUGAAUAUGGGAACAACCAAGUGCUUUGUUCAGUUCGAACGGAAUUUGCCAAUCCCCACUUGAUGAGCGUGCGUUUAAACGAAAGAAAUCAGCAAAACGACAACAAAAAACUGGCAUAUUUACUAGAUUUGAAAACCAUAUUGAUCAUGGACUUGAUUGCUGGCAUUGCACUGUGCCAAAUUAGUCACGACUCAAAAAUCGACUGGUUGGAAUUGAAUGAGACUGCUGAAAAGCUGUUGUUUAGGGACAAAAAGCAAAGACUGCUUCUUGUGGAUAUUGCUACCCAGUUAAAGCAAACCAUUUAUACCGACGUUACAUUCGUACAGUGGGUAGAAAGCAGUGAUGUAGCUGUAGCUCAAUCUGGAAGCACUUUAGCCAUUUGGUACAACAUUGAACUACCUGAGAAUCCCACAGUUAUGACCGUUAGAGGGGAAGUUACGGAUGUUAUCAGAAACAAUGGUAGAACAGAAGCUGUUUGUGUUGACGGCAACCAUACUUUUAAUAUUGAGCUGGAUGAAGGACUUGUUGAGUUUGGUACUGCUAUAAAUGAUAGCGAUUAUAGCAGAGCUAUUCUGUUUUUGGAAAACAUGGGAAAAUCAUCGGAAUCAGAUGCCAUGUGGCAUACGCUUUUGGCCAUUGCAAUGAAACAGCAAAAUCUCAUGUUAGCCGAGCGAUGUUAUUGUGCAUUAGGAGAUGUAGCUUCAGCUCAUUUUCUUCAAGAAACCAUCCAGCUAGGCCAAGAUCUUUUUGAAAAAGACGAAAACCCUAGCAACUCGCCGCAGAUAUGGGCAAGAUUGUCCAUUUUUAAUGGUGAUUUAAAUACUGCUGAGAAUAUUUACUUGGAACAAGGAGAUAUCGAGAGUGCCUUGGAAAUGUACAAAAAGUUACACAAGUGGAAUGAUGUUUUAAGACUCGCCGAACAACGAGGAUAUGAUCAAUUGGACGAGUUAAGAAAGGAAUACAUGUCGAUGCUAAUGAGUACUAGUCAAUACGAGAAAGUGGGACAAGCCUUGGAGGAGGAAGGCCGAAGCCAGGAGGCUCUUAAUAUGUAUCUCAAAGCAAAUAAGCUGCUGAGAAUUCCUCAUCUACUUUCAGACAAUCCGUCUUUGUUAAAUGACCAAGCCAUUGUAGGCAAUGUUUUAAAAAGUUUGCUUAGACAAGAACUAUAUGAGCCUGCCGCAAAUAUCUACGAGAAGUUGGAUAAGAACGACCUUGCAAUGGAGUGUUACAGAAAAGGGAAAUUGUGGGGAAAAGCAGUAGACUUAGCUAGAUCCGUUAGUCCAGAACAAGUUGUCCAGUUGGAAGAAGAAUGGGGCGAUAGUUUAGUAGAAAAUAAGCAAAUGGAUGCAGCCAUCAACCACUACAUAGAAGCUGGAUGUACGAUUAAAGCUUUAGAUGCGGCUGUAAGUGCGCGUCAGUGGAAAAAAGCUGUUCACAUUAUCAAAGUAAUUGAUGACGUGGAAACUGUGAAAACUUACUAUAAUACGAUUGCAAGUUACUUUGCUGGCAACAAAGAUUAUUCAAUAGCUGAAAAAUUGUACGUUGCGUGCGGAAUGUAUAAAGAGGCCGUGGAUAUGUAUAAUGAAGCGGGGCAGUGGGAUAAAGCUCACAUUAUUGCUUCAAAAUAUUUGGACCCGGAUGAAGUAUCUGAAAUGUAUAUCAGCAGAGCUGAAGAACAAGAGGAGGCAGGCAAGCUUCGUGAAGCUGAAAAGUUGUAUCUGUCGGUAAAUUCCCCUGAUUUGGCAAUCGCCAUGUAUAAAAGAAUGGAACAAUAUGAUAAUAUGAUCCGCUUGGUGGAAAGAUAUCACCCUAAUCUGCUGCAAACAACUCAUCUGCAUUUGGGCCAACAAUUAGAAAGUCAGGGAAAACAUCGCGCUGCAGAAAUCCAUUAUUUAGCCUGCGGAGAAUGGAAAGCAGCUAUGAAUAUGUACAGGACAUUAAACAUGUGGGAAGAAGCUUACAGAGUGGCUAAGCAAAACGGAGGCAGAACCGCAGCAAACCAAGUAGCGUUUCUAUGGUCUAGAACCUUGCCUAUCGACUCUGCUAUAAAGCUUUUAAAUAAAUACGGCAUUCUUGAACCUUGCAUUAACUAUGCUUGCGAAACCUACCAAUUCGAGUUUGCGUUUCAACUAUGCAAAGAGCUUCCCAGCAAGAUCUCGGAAGUUCAUUAUAAAUACGCCAUGGCGUUGGAAGACGAUGGUAAAUUUGCGGAAGCAGAAACCGAAUUUGUGCUAGCCGACAAACCUAAAGAGGCAGUUUUAAUGUAUGUACAUGCUCAAAACUGGAUAGCUGCACUUAGAGUAGCCGAAUCUCACGACCCAACAACAGUUCCUGAAGUACUUCAAGCACAAGCCGCUCAGUCUUUUAAGGAAAAGCAAUAUAGUGAGUUUGAAGUGCUUUUAUUAAGAGCCCAAAUGCCAGAAAUGAUUGUACAGAAGUACAAGUCAGCAGAUAUGUGGAUAGAUGCACUUAGGGUUUGCAAGGACUACUUGCCUCAUCUUUACCCUAAUCUGCAGUCUGAAUACAGCAGUUCACACCAUCAUAAAUCUACUGACGCCAAUAUUGAAGUGCUGCUGUCCAGCGCCAACGAAUGGGCUCUGGCAGGUCAACAUAAGCAAGCAAUUGAAUGUCUUUUGCAAGUCAACACUUCAAUCACAGAACCAUCUAUUGUAAAACGAGCUCUUUUGCGGGCAGCUGAUAUGGUGAACAAGUUUCUAUUCGGACAAGAUGCUAUGGAAGUUAUCAAAGCUUUAUCGCCCAGGUUAAUAGAAAUGGGAGAACAUUCGGCUGCAGCUCAGUUGUACAUAAGCAUGGAAUUAAUGAAAGAAGCCAUAGAUACGUUUAUCGCGGCUGAGGAUUGGAGCAGAGCUAGGAAAGUUGCAAAAGAACUCGAACCAGCUUAUGAAAGCUAUGUGGAAAGUAAAUACAAAGAUCGACUUUUAAAGAAAGGGGACGUUGAACAACUUGCUGAUGUCGACAUUAUUGGAGCCCUAGAUCUUCUAGCUGAACAAGGUCAAUGGGUAAGAUGCAUCGAAAAAGCAAAAGCACACAAUGCAGUGCCUAUUCUGCAUAAAUAUAUUGCCUUAUAUGCUGCAAAACUGUUAAAAGAUGGGUUUGUGACAGAAGCAUUAAAUUUGUAUUCAACUCACGGUGCUCCUGCUAUGCUUCAAAAUUUCAACAUCUAUAAUCACAUAGCUACGGAAUUGUUUGGACUAUUUGAUUUAUCGGGACCAGAUGCGUACGAAACCUGGGAAAAACUACUCCAAAUGCUAUUUGAGAUUAAUGAAGGACUAGCAGUAGCUCCUAAUAUUAACAAAGAGACGAAAUUGCAUUUUACGCAGCUUUUACUUAUAUCGCACUAUUAUGCGCUCCGUUGCGCUUGCCGCCAAACGACAACACUUAAAUCUAUAGGAAUCAAGAUUAGUGCGGCGCUGUUGAGAUAUACAGACAUUAUUCCCGCAGAUAAAGCGUAUUAUGAAGCGGGCAAAGAUUUUAAAGACGACGGAAGAACCUCUGAAGCCUUUGUGUUUCUCAAUCAUUACUUAGACUUGUGCGAGGCCAUUGAAGAAGGUGAGGGUCAACUAGUAGAUCAUUCAGAUCUGGUGCAAACCGAUUUUCCUUCUAAUAUUCCGAUCCCUUCGCGGUUAUAUCUUGCCGAGGAUCCGAAAGAGCAUGAUAAUAUUAGAGAAUGGGUAUUGGCGAUAAGCAUGGAUCAAAAAGUUGAUCAGGUUUUACCGAUUGAUGAGAGGCAACUCUACGAGAGUUCAUUACAACCAGGUGACCUACCAUGUUUGGUCACAGGCUAUCCGAUCAAGAAGCAAAGUGUUUCUUUUUCCAAGUCUAAAUUUCAAGUUAAUAAAGACGCUUGGGCUAAAUUGAAUAUGGGAUCUAAAAUGGCACCUGAUUCUAAUGUCCCAAGUGUGAUUAGUUUUAUUCAGAAGUGGUGCGGUCCCACAAGUAAUUAAGUUUAAGUUCCCGAAAACACCAGAAGCAUAAUGCCGCAGUGAAAUAUCGAAAAGUAUCAAAAUAAAACUCAGUUCACCAGUAACAGUUUUAUUAGAACCAACAGAUUUUCAAAUAAGUCAUAAUCGAAUAUAGUGCUCCAAUAAAAUUAUGCAUUCCCUUUCAGUCUAAAUUCAAAGGACACUCUUAAUAUUAGUUAUACGCAUUUCAAACUGAUUUCGUUAAAAUAUACUUAGAUAUAACAUAUCUGGUGCAAACUAUUAGCACAUAUUCAAUAAUCACAUCAAUUUAGUCAAAUAUUUUAUGUAAUUUGGAUUCGGUAUAUCAAAUGUUGGACUUGAUAGCACUCUGAUGUUCAAAUCCAAAUCGUGGACACACAAAACUAUACGCACUGACUAUUGUGAAGCAAACGUGAGGAAUUACUCUUUCUACUUAGAUACGUUUACGAUAAUUUCUGUGUUAUUUUACCCCUUAAUCGAUAGAUUAUUAAAUGUCCUAGCAAAGCAAAA